UAAGCCAUCUGUCAGCAUCCUCAUCUCUACAAGGGCAACACCAUGCUCUUCCCCUUCCCUGGGACAACGACAGCAUCCAACCUGAGGAUAAAGUGAUUGGAAAUUUUGGGAGGGGAAACCGGUCAUCUCAUCUUGUUCACAGUCUACUGAGACAAACCACCAGAAAUGGAGCAACAAAAAAAGACCGUCUCGAUCCCCAUGAUGCCCCUGGCACAGCAGCCGGAACCAUUUGCACCAGGAUAUUCAUCACCAUACCCACAACAGUCAUCAUAUAAUCCGGAACCUUACGCCCAGGAACCUUACGCCCAGGAACCCUAUGCACCAGAUCCAUUCUGGCCAGAACCUUCUACUUCAUCAGGUGGCUAUGGCUAUGGAAAAAGCGGUGAUGGCUACGACUGUCCAUCUCCACCACCAUAUUCAUGUCAAGAUGUCCCUUGUGAUCAAGUAGGACCAAUUGAAAUGGACUCUGGUCCUCCGGUGGUGGUUGCGGGAAUCUUCUCAAGCAAGCCAGCGUCCACCAUCUGCCCUUGCUGCCGCCAGAUCAUUACGACGGAGGUCGUCUAUCGUGUAGGAACUCUGACAUACAUAGCUUGCAGUGCUGUGUGUGUGAUGGGAGGCUGCAUGGGCUGUUGCCUCAUACCUUUCAUGACGAAUUGUUGCAAGGACGUAGACCAUUACUGCCCUAAAUGCAGGUACCACAUCUACCGAUACAAGAGACUAUAGACGCCUGGAAGAAAAGCCAUUUGAGGCCAACUCGCAGGAAAUCAAGCUGGAAGAGAAUCUCCUUUCCUUCGGUGAAAUCAUGCAUUGACUCUUGGGACUGUUCCGGGUGCAGAAUUGCUCAGCAGUUUCCCACU